CGAAGAAUCUGUAUUUAGCUAACGUAUUUGUUUAGUUUAGGAUGCGACCGAAUCGAUUAUUAGCACACAGAGUGGGUGGGCCUUAUUUUUUUCGGUGUCUUUGAACACAACUUGUGAUGCUAGGGGUGGUGGAAACUGUUGGGGUGUGCUGCACUUUGACAAGAUGCUUUUGAGGUAACCGAAACACCUUGUGGAAGGGGCUUCAGGAUCGGCUUGCCUUCCUCUUCAGACUAGUUCUGUCCCUGAUGCUCAUGGGUUGAAUAGUGUACGCUGAUUCAAUUUGUGUUUCUAUUAUCGUAUUUUUACUCCCCCCCCCCCAAAAAAAAAAUGGAAUGCCUUUUUAUGUCGAGGUGCUGUUCAGUUUAUUCAGUUUCCCCGCGUUCUUUCUUUUGAUUCUUAUUUUUAGUUCAUUUCGCCUCAAAAAGAUUUGCUUACCUUUAUCGAAAUCAAUAAAUAAAAAAUACUUCCAAAGCCCCUUUUCUUUCCCAAGCCUUUCCCAUGUCCUUAAAAAAAGUUGCGAUUCUCGGUGCCGAGGGUGGCAUCGGGCAGCCGCUCUCCCUUCUGUUGAAGCGAAGCAAAUAUGUUGGGGAACUCCACCUCUAUGACAUCCGCGGCUCCCUCGGCGUCGCCGCGGAUCUCUCCCACAUCGCCACCCCUUGCAAGGUCUUCGGCUACACCGCCGAGGAGAUGAAGACGACCCUGAAAGAUAUGGACCUCGUGUUGAUCCCGGCAGGGGUCCCGCGAAAGCCCGGGAUGUCGCGGGAUGACCUCUUCGACAGCAACGCGCGGAUCGUGCGGGAUCUCGUGCAGCUCAUCGCGGAGCACUCCCCACGCGCGAUCGUCGGGGUGGUGACGAAUCCGGUGAACAGCACCGUUCCGAUCGCCGCGGAGGUGCUUCGUCGGGCCCGCGUGUACGAUCCUCGGCGACUUUUUGGCAUCACCACGUUGGAUACCGUGCGGGCGCGUACGUUUCUCGGGGAGGCCCUCCGUGCCGAUCCUUCCGGGGUGGAGGUGGUGGUCAUUGGGGGGCAUAGCGGGGAGACGAUCAUCCCGGUGCUCUCGCCUUUUCCCCUUUCCGAGGUGCAGGUCCAGGAGAUCACCCAUCGGAUUCAGUUUGGCGGGGAUGAGGUCGUCAAGGCGAAGGCCGGGGCGGGAUCCGCGACGCUGUCGAUGGCAUACGCCGCGGAGGAGUGGUCGAACGCGGUGCUGCGCGCCCUCAACGGGGAGAAAAACAUCAGCAUCAGCACCUUUGUGGAAUCCGAGGCCUACCCGGGGUUGCCUUUCUUCAGCUCGAUGGUGGAGCUGGGGAAGGACGGCGUCGAGCGGGUGUUGCCGCUCCCGAAACUGAACGCCUACGAAGAAGGGAUUCUCAAGAAGGGCUCCGAAACGUUGCUGAAGAACAUCCAAAAGGGAACUCAAUUCGUCAAUAAAUGA